GGAAGGGUGCACGGUAGGGGGUUCUGGCCCACAGUGUAUACCACCUUCAGUUCAGUGCACGCAUUGGAAGAGAUAAGACGUGCCUCUCUAGUCGCUCAUCGAUAAGAAUAUAUACGUUUAUAUUAAUUUCUUUUUCUCAUAACUUUUCACUUAUCAUUUGUUAUUAACUAUAAGGAUAUAUAUUAUUUUAUCAAUUUGUUUUUCUUUAUUACUAGCUUUCUUUAGAUUCCUUUUAUUGCGUUUUAUUUUAUAUUUCUGUGGGGGAUCCCAUUGAAAUAAAUAGCCCAAAUGUUAAACGAAAACGACCUCGGGGUCGUUUUAAAUUUGAGCCGAAAAUAUGGAUGGUGCAAUCGCAAUUAGCCCAUCGUUUUUAAUAAUAAAAAGAUCAGAUGAUCAAAAUUUUCAAAAAGUAUCUCAGUUCUUAAGAAAUAAGUUUCUUUCGGGUUUGGUGGAAGACUUAAAAAAUGUAAAAAAGUUAAGAAAUGGUGCACUACUUAUUGUAACCAAAAACAGAAAACAAUCGGAAGAAUUAUUAAAAAGUAAAAAUUUUGGUGGUCAAUUUUCGGUUCAAGUGUCACUCCACAAUACCUUAAAUUACAGUAAAGGGGUGAUUCGAUGUUACGACCUCCAAUUCCUAGUGGUAGACGAAAUUAAAAAUGAAUUAUCUCCAAUGAUAAAGGAUAUAAUAUACGCAUUAAAAUAAAAAAGAAUGGAAAUGAGAUAUUGACAAAUUUUUAUAUUAUCACCUUUCCUACUUCGAGAAUUCCGGAAACAAUAAAAAUAGGAUUCCAUACCGUUAAGUUGUGUAAACAAUUUUCACUAUCGCAAUACUUUCCCUUUCUAUAUAUUAUAUAUGUAAUUUACAUAUAUAUACAUAUGUAAGUGAAAGUAAAAACUGUAUACACUUAAUUAACCCAAAAUGAAUACACUUACUACUAUUUCUAAUAACACAACUCUAUAAUAUAACUAAUAAAUUAUACUAGUAGGCCCGUGCGAAAAAUUCGCACAGAAUAUUGUUAAGUGAUCAAAUGCCAAAUUAAUAAGAAAAGAAAAUAAUGCAACAUAUCAAAAGAUAAAGAACUCAAUCGUUGCUUUAUCGAUAAAUACAAUCGACACAAAAAAUUCAAGGAAACAAAAAUUCAUUUAAAACUUUAUAAAUGUUUGGAACCAACAUAUUUAAAAAUUUCAAUGAGCAAUGUCUUUGCAAAAAAUUGUCCAAUUUCGAUGAUUUUUUUCUCCUUUUGUAGAGAAUUUAGUAAUCGUUUAUAUAAUCAUGGGCAUAACCAAGGGAAAAGUGUGGUUCUAGAAAAUCUCUAGUUCUAUUAUAUUUACAAGGGUCUGGUUAGUGUCGUUUCGUGUAGCUUAUGCAGUCCUAACUUAAUGUAAAUUUUCGUGAGGAUACGUGGAGUCAUUUUUAUGUUAUUCCACUUUUUUUGAUUUUCGAAGGAGGCUUGGUUCCGAUUUGCUGCAAAGAAAUUUUUUUUUUAUUUUCAUGAAAAUUCGUAUUUGAGGUUUUAUAGAGGUGGGAAAUACAAAUCUCAACCCUGUUUUCCCUUAAAAAAAACUAUUUGAACCCACUUUCCUCCUUCGGCCAGUACAAAUUGUUUCAACGUCGUAUUGAUACUAUAGCAAUGUGGAAUGUUAGAAUGAAAAACAAAAGUGGAGAAUACGAUUCGCUAACUCCCCGUGAAAUUCUGAAUCCAACGGUACCCCAUUCAUGGUACUUGAGCAUGACAGGAGCUUAUAUUUGGUACAAAACGGAUUUCCAGCCUUACUGUAAUAAUAUAUGCGUGGAUGUGGAUGUGUGGAUGUUAUGUGGAUCUCUUUAGGAAAUACAAUACCAGAACUGUGCACUCAUUAUAUAUUGCAUUAGUAUCAGAAACAAUAUAAAAUCUUUAUUAAAAGUCUUGAUUAGGAAUAAAAAUUGCAUAGCUAAUGAAUCUAGGACUCAAGUUAACUAACAUAGGACAGUUUAAACAAAUAGAAAGAGUAGGAGGGUGCCCAAAAGUGGGUUUCACGGUAUUUAUUAAAUAAAAACUUUUGAGGCAUGGCAUUUUGAGGGGGAUUUGAAUUUUGAGGGGAGCACAUUUUGAUGGGGUUAUUUAUUUUUGAGUGAAAAGUUUGAAAUCAGACAACAAAGGGAGAGGUGGUUUCCACCUUAGGGGGAGAAUGGGAGAGACUAUCCUAUGGAGAAUAGUACACCUGACAGUCCUUACUUCUACCCUAUAAAUGUUGUCAGAAUUCAGUUUUCGCAAUCUAUGAUAACAUACAAUGAAAAAAAUUGAUUGUAAUCUGACUCAAUUUACUCUGUAAAAUAUGAAACCCUCUUUUAUUGACUAUAGUGUUGACCCUGAUAUUAAAUUAAAAGUAAAAACAUUGAAAUGAAAAAUUUCUUUUAUUAAAAAGUAUUUUUCAAUUGAACACAGAAUAUAUUUGUCAGAAUAACGAAGACUAAUAUCUAACAAAUAUACAAUAAUCGAACUUUCCAGACUAAGAUUGUCAUGUUUUGAAACAUAACAAAUAAAAUUAACUUCAAUAAUAAUAAAUAUUAGUUGGUGUUGCCGAACGUUAAUACUUCCUAAUUAUAAAUUUAGAAAUAUUAAAAUUAAGUACAAAUUGGUAAUUAAUUUAUUAGCACUAUAAUGUAGUAAUAAAUGUAAAUUAAUUGAUUAGCCAUAGUUGUUCAUUAAUAUAAUCAAUAUAAUCUACGUUAUGCAAUCAAGAUGUGACAUUUCCCCAUAAUUAAAUUGUAAUAUAAGGGCAAUUGGAGGGGGAACAUAUGUUCCAGGCGCCAUUGUAGACGUAUUCGGUACGUUUUGGUUACCGGUUAUCAGAUUUUUUAAUUUUAUCACGCAUGCUGAAUUUUUUAUUGUUCUGACAAUCCCAAUAAUAUAAAUAGUGGUUAUUAUCAGCCUUAAUUUGGAAGUGAAAAUGUCGGCUUCUCCCGUGAUAGUUGCAGCUACAGCAAAACAUACAGCAACAGUUAUCUUUCUUCAUGGUUUGGGAGAUACUGGCCAUGGUUGGGCAAGCGCAAUUGCAGCUAUUCGGCCAGCUUAUGCUAAAGUUAUAUGCCCAACAGCGCCUACCAUUAAAGUGACUCUUAAUAGUGGUCUAAAAAUGCCCUCAUGGUUUGACUUGAAAUCACUUGAUGCAUCUGGUGAAGAAGAUGAACCAGGAAUUAAAAAAGCCUCUGAAAGUGUUCAUGCUUUGAUUAAUGCAGAAAUAAAUGCAGGCGAGUCAAUUAAUUGUGUUCCAUCUGAGAGAAUCGUUGUUGGUGGUUUCUCACAAGGAGGUGCUUUAGCCCUCUAUUCUGCUUUCACUUACCCAGGCCAGCUAGGUGGAGUUAUGGCACUGUCUUGCUGGUUACCUCUUCAUAAGCAAUUCCCAGGCAGUAUCAAAGGGAAUCGAGAAACCCCAAUUAUUCAAUGCCAUGGUGAUUGUGAUCCUCUUGUUCCUUACAAAUGGGGUCAAAUGACAGCUUCAUAUCUCAAACAGUAUUCUUCUAAAGUAGAUUUUAAAACAUACCGUGGACUUGGUCAUAGCUCUUCUGACGAGGAAAUGUCAGAUCUGAAGACUUUUGUUGAGAAAGUUCUUCCUCCUCAAUAGACUUAUAACUAAUAAUAAAGAGUGAAAUCCUUCACAUGGUGUGAUUUAAGAUUGGUACAAAUUCCUUUACCACCCACUUUAACUGCCCAGGCACUUGUGUGCACCUGGAAUGAGUCUUUAGCAUAUUUCAUGUCCCACUUGUUUAUUCUCUCUGAAGCACAUGACUUCACCAGACAAAGUCUAACUAUAUUUCAUAUUCUGCAGGCUCUUCCCAAAUUUGUCAAUUAUUUGGCUUUUGGUUAUUUUGUUUUUAAAACCAACCAUUCUUUUAUCUAUGAUGUGACACUUAAUAAUUUUUCUCAGCAUUAUCGAAAUGCUUUUUUAAUUUAUUUUAUUUUAUUUUUUAAUUUUAAGUUUUGUUGUAUGAAGAGUUAAUAAUGGGAUGGAAAAAUUGUAGGAAACAUCGAUUCUGUGAAUCGUUGUCAUAUAAUUAAAUUUUACUUAAUAUUUUUAUUUAUUUAAUAUUUUUAGGAAUCCAGUUUCUAGUCCCGAAAUAAAGUCAUGACAUUCCAUUCCUCUGAAAACGUUAGUUUCCAACCCUUAAUGAAGUUUUAAUUAAGUUUCCUUACAGUUUGAACUUAAUUAAAAAUUGUUUUAAUAAAUGGAAAUGGUCUGGUUUCCAGUGGGUAAUUUCUGGUUUAAACAAAUUAUUAUAUUUCCUUUAGUUUUAUUUAUUUUAUUUUUUUUUUUCUAUAUUUCCAGUUCUAGCAAUAAUUGCUUAGGCCUCUAAGGGAUUGUUGGAGUGACAUUUAGGAGCUAUUCAAAUUAAUUUUAACUAGAAUACACAUAUAUUUUAGGUACAAUGUCCUAGUUUUGUAAAUAGGCAGUUCUAGGAAUGGAUAUUAAAUAAAUAGCCUUAAUUCUUUUAGAUUUUGAGACCUUAUACUUAUAGUGUUAUAUUCUAGGUAUAAAUUUGUAGAUGAUUAAAGAUUUCUUAGUCACUUGUUCCUGUUUUACAAUUGAUUUACAAUAAUUGUUCUGAUAUUAACAAACUGUUUUAAGUAUUAUAUUUUAAUAUUCUUUCCUUCCAUGUUAUAUAGCCUGAUAAUUAGUCAGCAUUAUUUGCAAACAAUCUAAAUGCAAUACAAAUUGUUAAAAGCUUUGAUGAGCUUUAAGUCUUCCAUUAGUUAAGAGCCAAAAGUUUAAUUUGAUUUGAUUUUGAAUUGUCAAUGUUUAAUUUUAUUUAGCAUAAUGUUGAGGUGAAUAUUUAUUUUCUGAGAAACCUUUUUUUCCUUCUUAAUGUUAAUUUAUGAACAAGAUUUUGAAAAACAAAAGGUUAAAUGAAUCAUAAAAUAAAGCCUAAUAGGAAAUUUUAAAAAUUUGUUUACUUUCUUUAUUUUUACAAGAACCCAUUUUUCAUCAAAUACAUUUUAAGCUAAGCCUUGCCAUGUUUCAACUGGUUCUUAAUAAUUAUGUAUAAUUGGAAUGGUUUUUGCAUAACUUGGUCUUUUCAAAAUGUACUACCAAUUGUUCAUUGUUUAUUUGUUCAUUAAAAAUUAUUAUCUAUUGAAUCAUAAAAGUAAUAAUAGAUUUUUUAUACCUUGAUAAUCUAGCAUUUCCUUUUUUAUUACAACCCUUUUUUCCUUUUUUCAUGAAUAUUUUGGAAUUGUUAUCAAAAUUAUUUAAACUGUGAUUCAUUAAUAUUAUCAUUAAAAAUAUUCAUUAAAAUGAUUUCUAUAACCAAUUUAAGAAAUUAAUAAAUCAUCAAUUAAUACAACAUUAAAGAAUAUGAAUGACCACAAAUAUUUUAAUAAUUAAAAUUAAUUUUAGAUUUUUAUUUAAAUAUAAAUAUAUAAUCAACCAAAACAUAUAAAUACUAUUAAAAAAAAAUAUACUGUUUUUUAAACUCUUAACAUUAUUUUUAUUUGUUCAAUCUUACUUGAUAUAAGCUUAAAACUGGUUUACAUGGUAGAACAUAAGAUAAAUCAAAAACUGAAUUAAAUAUGUAUGAACAUAUAGAUAGGGAUAGAUUAAAUGACCAAAACAAAGAUUGACAUAUUUGUUACCACCUUGUUUACUAACUGUUAUUGCACCAGUGAUCUAAACAUAAUUUUUUUGUUCAUUCUCAAUUUUUCAUUUGAUAAGAAAAAGUAUUGCUCUUCUUUUCUAUUUGUUUUUCAAAUAAGAUGUUUUUCAAUUAAAAAAUUUCCCCAGCAGUGGUGCCUGCGGCUGGAAUCUUUUAUACAUGUGUAAUGCAUUUAUUCUUUAUUUUCCUUGUUAAUUUAAAUGUAUGCUUGUUACUUCAUAAAAUGUUUGUUUUAGUAACUCUCCCCUUUCACCCCACCUAUUAUUAAUCAAGGUUUCAUUGUAUAAGUAAACUGUAUAUAUUUCCCACAGAUUGUCGGUAGUAGCCUAGGGGGAAUCACAUGAAGAACUCAGUUGAAACUGACCUUUUUAUUUAUUUUUUUUCUUAUCAUCUUAUUUUACUUACAAAUAUAUACAUAUACUUCAAGUAAAGGUAUGUUAAUCUUGUUAUAGGUGUAAAUGUAUCUAAAUCCAGUCAAAUGGUAAGAAAAAGUUAAUUUUGACUUAGUGCACAUGUGUUUGCUCUCACUCAGGCUGCCAACCUACUGUGAAUAAGUAGCUAUCAUAUUCUUUUAUAUAUAUAUAAAUUUUUUUUGAAAAAUAAAUACGUAUAAUACAUUAUUCAAUCAGGGUGUCCAGCAGCAACCUGGAAUAACUUGAAAACUGAGGGAAGGCAUUUUGUGGAGAAAACUGGGAAAUGUAUUAAGAAAUUCUGAUAAUUUCAUUGAACAAUUUUUUUAAACUCUACAAUACGGGUAAUUUUUUUUUAUUUUAUAUGAUCUGAUCAGAUCAUGAGCUUUGAACACCUCAAAGAAUAAUCUCUCAUUGGCCAGCAUGAAACUCCUGCAUUACGUUAUUGUUGGAAGCCAAAGUUCACCUAACUAUUUAUGAACUUUUUAGAUUUUAGUUUGAAUUUAUUUUCUUUAGUUCUUAUAUUUGUGAGUUAUUGAAUUAACAGUUUAGAUUUUAGUUUCAUUUUGUUUGCCUUUUAAGUUCCUAUGUUGGUGAGUUUUAAAUUAAGAUUCAAAAUUGUUUUCAAUAAUAAUUGUCUUCAAUGUUUUUCUUUCAAGCUAUGUUAGUGAGUUUUUAAAUCAGGCAUUAGAUUUAAUUUUCUGAAGUAGCUAUGGUUGUGAGAUUAUAUUUUGUUACUCAUUUCAUGCAGUUUCCUUAUAUUUACUACAACUAAGUAUGGAAUUCCAUUCCCUUUUUUGUGUGUGGUAUUAUUUCAACUUUACAUUUAUUUUAUUUAGAUCACUUCUCAAAUAAACUUUAUAUGUAUAUGCCAUAUAUAGGUAAGUAAAAUUAAAAAGAGUAACAUUAGGAUGAGUUGCAAUUAUAGUUUGAUAUAGACAGCUUUACUCAUCAGUUUAAUUCGUAAUGACAACGCAUGAUUCAGAACAGCAUUUUUUUUUUUUUAAUGGGAACUUUCAGAAUGUAUGGGGGGGGGGAGAGAGCAGAAAAUAUAGAGGAAUUUGGUUAGAAACACUGGAAACCAUGCUGAUAUUUAUCUCAUCUUACCAAAUAAUGAAUAUUCUACUAGCGCUCCCACUCCUCAGAAUAAUUUUAUUUUUAUUUCCUUUCAGCAUUAAUGAAAGGUAGUUAUAGGGUAUUUAUUUAGUCAAUUUAUAACUUUGUUUGAAAAAAAUCUACCUAGUAAAAAAAUAACUUCAAGUAAAAAUGCAGGAUAGCUAAAAUGUAUCAACAUAGGUUACAAAAAUUGUUUUUGUUAAUAGACAAUUUUGUAUUAUGAAUCAGCAUUAUUGAUAAUCUUAUUUACAAUUUCAUGAAUAAAUUUCUCUGUAAAAGUAUAAAAUAGUUUAGGUAUAAAAAUUAUAUUUUUACAUGUUAUUAAUGGAUUGAUUUAGAAUAAAGAGUUGCUGUGUGAUAGAUAUCAUAAAAUGUCAAAGAACUUUCUGUACCAAGUAUAUAUAUAUAUAAAUAUAUUACAUUUACAGACAACAAUGUUUUAAAAAAAGUUACUGGAAUAUUCUUUUUUUUUUAUUUUCUAAUAGUCUGUCAAUGGUCAUGUAGAUCUCAAAAUAAAGUGAUACUUCCCAUUUGUGCAAAAUUGUUUUAUUUUUAUUUUAAGUAUAGAUAGUCAAUUUGAUAGUACAUUUAGGCUAUUAAAACUCUGAGGACAUUACUAAAAAUUAGUCAAUAUUUAAAUAUUUAUUAAUUAGAAAGGUAGAUAAUUAGUAAUUUCCACAUAAUUGCAUAAGUCGUAUAUUUAA